AUGAAUUUGAGAGAUCGGGUGUCUCUGUCCAUGUCAAUGGCGGGGCAGAUGGCGGUGUACGUGGGUCAGAAAGACGGCGGAGAUUUCCACAGGGUUUUGGUUCCGGUGAUGUAUUUCAACCACCCGUUGUUUGAGAAGCUGUUAAGGGAGGCGGAGGAGGAAUACGGGUUUGAUCACCCGGGUGGGAUUACCAUCCCUUGUCGGAUCUCCGAGUUUGAGAGCGUCCAAACCCGGAUCGUUGCCGGCCGUGGCCGCCAGAAAUUGAUGACGAGGAAGAUGACUUCGAUUCGGAGAGGGAAGCUAUUGGUGACCCCCUUGAUGUUGGAUGAUAGCAUGUUGUGGGUUAGCAGUCUCAUCUCUGUGUGUGUGUCAUGCCCAUCAUUGUUGCAGACAUGGUGUUCGACGAAAUGUCCCAGAGGGAUUUUGGGUUUGCUUCGGCGAGGUGGUGAAGAAGAGUGA